UUUUUUUCCCUCUGAAAACACUCAGCUCUCUCUCUCCUCUGGAAUCCCAAAUCCAACUCCUUCUUUUCCCCAAGAUUCCUGUCUCCAAACCAGAAAUCCCUUACCUCUGUUAUUUUUCUGCUCGUUUCUCAGGAAACAGUUAAGAUAAUUUCUUAAAUUUACGUUCUCAUUUGCGUUUUAUCUUUCGCUUCCUACCCUUUCCUCUCUUUUAAGGUCUACCAAAAUUCGGAUUAUCUUGCUGCUUGUGUUUGCGCGUUUGGUUAAUUUUAGUUAAUCACGCUUGAUGCAAACAUCGUAUAAUCAGUUAUAUACCAAAUUGCAAAGUUGCUGGAGACCGACCUUUGUAUUUCUUAAAAGGAUAAUGGAUCACUUCCAAAACAACGAUCUCGAGUACGUAGUUGAUGAUCCUUUUGGAGACGAUUUAUUCAGAGAAGACGAGCCUCAAAGAAACGACGAUUUGGAUGACGCUGUGGACUCCGAAUUUGAAGAUGACUUCGAAUCGAGUAAGCCACAGACUGAUACAUCUGCUUUAGAGGCAAGAAACGGCAAGGAUAUACAGGGAAUACCCUGGGAGAGGCUUAAUUUUACUAGAGAUAAGUAUCGUGAGACGCGUUUAAAGCAGUAUAAGAAUUACGAGAACCUCUCGCUUCCUCGCUUCGAGCUUGAUAAGGAAUGCUUGGAAGUAGAGAAGGGACAGACUUUUUAUGACUUUCAGUACAACACAAGGCUUGUCAAAUCCACAAUCGUUCAUUUUCAGCUGAGGAAUCUGCUCUGGGCAACAUCGAAACAUGAUGUGUAUCUUAUGCAAAAUUACUCAGUUAUGCAUUGGUCAUCACUACUGCGGCAUGGCAAAGAAGUACUCAAUGUGGCUAAACCAAUUGCUCCGACCUGGCAACGCCCAGGAUUGUUGUCUAAGUCACUCUCCAGAGUGCAGAUAAGCACUAUGGCUGUUAAAGAGAACUUGAUGGUGGCAGGCGGCUUCCAAGGAGAACUUAUUUGCAUGUAUUUGAAUCAACCUGGAGUUGCAUUCUGCACAAAAAUAACAACAGGUGAAAAUGCCAUAACCAAUGCAGUGGAUGUAUAUCAUAACCACAAUGGCUCAAUGAGGAUUAUGGUUGCCAAUAACGAUGCUCAAGUCAGAGUAUUUGAUGCUGAAACGUUUGCUUCGCUGAAUACUUUCUCCUUUAAUUGGUCUGUAAAUAACACCUCUGUUAGCCCAGAUGGUAAGCUGCUUGCAGUGCUUGGGGACAGUGCUGAAUGCUUGAUUGCCGAUGCCAAUUCAGGGAAAGUGACCGGCAGCCUCAAAGGGCAUUUGGAUUAUUCCUUUGCAUCUGCCUGGCACUCUAACGGACAGGUUUUGGCCACUGGAAACCAAGACACUACGUGCAGGCUGUGGGAUAUAAGGAAUCUGACCCAGUCCCUUGCAGUAUUAAAAGGGAAUAUGGGGGCAAUAAGAGGUCUAAAGUUCUCCUCAGAUGGUCGCUUUUUGGCAAUGGCUGAGCCUGCGGACUUCGUUCAUGUUUUUGAUACACAAUCUGAUUACGUCAAAUGCCAGGAGAUAGAUAUAUUUGGGGAGAUUGCUGGCAUUUCUUUCAGCCCCGAUACUGAAGCUCUUUUUGUUGGUAUUGCUGACCGUACUUACGGUAGCUUGUUAGAGUUCAACAGGAGGCAUUGUAAUUUUUAUUUGGACUCGAUAUUCUAGUGCGCACCGUUGUACAUAUUAAGGUUAUUUUGUGUGUGAGCUUGUUUGUCUUUGAAGUUCACGCCCUUGUUUAUUUGGGGUUGCGGAAUUUCCUGUCAAAUCAGAGCAUCGAUUUUUUAA